AUGGCCGAGCCUGCUGAAUACCAUGGCGGCCUCGUUGCCUUCGAGGGUCCCCAUGACCUCGUUUCGACUCAGCUCCGUCUUCUACCUAUAUCAUCGCAAAUUGCCAUCCUUCCCAGCGUCAAGGAAUUCCUCGAACCCGAGAACCCCGAUGAGCCGUUUGAAGCGCGCAAGUUUGUCAGGCGAGUUCACAAUGCUGUCGCCAAGAGAAGGGACACCGCUCUGGAAUUCUUGAAGGAUUCGACCCCCAAGCGUAAGAGACUGGUCUUCAUGAAUGGCGGUACGCCCAGCGCGCAGACGGUCUGCAUCAGAGCCAUCUCUCGGAAUGAGACAGAGGGGGAUAUAUCCAAAGCCGAAGCAAUCUUCAACGACCUUCUUAAAGGUGGCGUUGCCGGCCUCGAGGACCCCGCCAACUCAAGCGGCUCAUUCCUUGAUACCUCGGAGGAAAUAAGCGAAGACCCCAUCACCAGAGCUAUGCGUGCUGCCGAUGCUCUCGACCGGGAAACUGCAAACUUACAGCCUUCCAGCGACAUCGAUCUCACCACUCCCGCCGGCCGUCCGCGCCCGAGAAGCAUGAGCCUACCCAUGUAUAGCUUCGCCGAUACCUUUGGUGAUAUGGCAUCCUUCUACGUCUUUGGUGGCCAGUUCAGUGAAGAUCAUAUCAAGGAGGAGGGGCAAGUCGAGGCUACGACUCCACAUCUUGGCCCAACACCCAGGCUCGCCAUCACGAAUUUCGACGAGCUUGAAAGAGUCUCCGGUGAAGGCUUUGAUAGUGACGGUAAACCCAUCGUCACUGCUCCACUUCGGUCUCCGAGCUGUGUGGGCGAGGCAUAUGAGCGGGAUGAUGUAUCCUCAUCUUUUUCACCUAACGCUCCUGGCCUUCUCGACGUGGCAUCUCCCAGAUCUGACGUCUUCAGCAUCCGUUCGACAGAGCCAAUAUACAUCGAACAAGCCUCACUCGUCCGUAUGAAGUCAUCCGCCUCUUCCAGGACUUUGAAGCGAUCACAGUCGAUUAGCCAUCUCCAUCGAAGCAACUCUCGCUAUAGAGACACUCUCAUGCGGCUGAAGCCUAAGGAGCAAAGUGCUGCUGAGAAAAUUCGCAAUGAGAAGCCCUCCGCUGAGAACUUGUUGCUUUCCGCUGAGAAGACUACUGCCGAGAAGGUUGCCGAGGGUCGCCCUGUGUCGGUAGUUGAACUCAUCGAAGACGCCGAAAAACGCGAAAGUAGCGCUAAGCGCGUCGAAGGCCCGAAGACAAUCUAUGUCAAAGCAGCCCGACCAAAUAAGGGAGUCAACAAGGCAUUACCGCCCCCUCCACCGUCCGAGAAGAGACUGCGCAAACGUAAGCAUACCAAGUCUAGGUCGAAAUAUGUCGACAGAGGAACCGAUGCCGAAGAUGUCGAACUGAAUGAGACGCCGUUCCGACCUGUACUACCUUUCUAUGAGGACCUAGUCAUUCACUUCAAGGACGACAGUCCAGACCCAAUCCUGGAAUACAUGAUCAAGGCUUUCAGAGAAGGUGUUUAUCCUGUUACACUGCCUUCUUCUGCUUCCUCCGGCACGUCUACUGCGGAUGGUGACAGAUCGACCCCGCAGACUCCAACCUGGCAACUGGCCGAGCCCGAAGUCACCCAGUUCACGUCCACGACGAAGGUCAGCACAGAAGAGUACGACCCUUUCUCCUACCAGGGUCCGACCUACACCGCGAAGCCUGUCCAGCCUUUCACCCGGACUGUAAUAAGAUCAGCUCUGCCUACGCCUGCGCAUACGCCUCCGCCCAUGGUGUCCGAGUCGGAGGAUAAGUUCCACGAUUUCAACGCCGUGCACGGUCAGACGGCUGUAGCCAUGCAGAACUCCCUCAGAUCAGUGCUUAACAUCUACUUCCCACCCAAGGGAAGAGGGUUCUCUCAGUUCAACUUUCCGUUGCUUCCCGAGAUGGACGCACUGUGGAAGCCGAUAUUCCGGGACGUUGAGCCUGGUGGAAGUCCAAGAAAAGACAAUCACCGAAUAGACCAAAUUUUGGCCAUAGGUGCGCAACGUGGAGUCAAGAAAACAUUUGUCUCUGGAGUAACUAGCCAGCUUGAGAAGUUGGGCACAAAGUCGAGCGGCAUUUCGAGGACUGGCAGGCUGGAUUUCCGAUAUCUCAUUGCGAAUGCGAUGCAGUCCUUCACCGCACAGCCACUGGCCAACCAGACUCAAGACAACCCUUUCACCAACUCAUAUCUUCUGGCGACGCUUAUCAUUCCUCAUCUUGAGACUUUCUUUGCUGCGCACUCCGAAGUCCGUUUUCUGAUUCUCGACUACCCUCCGGAUCAUCUUGCCACCAUCCUCGCUUUGCAGAAGUUGGUCGGCGUCGAUUUGAUGAAAGUUGCCCAAGUCAUUGAUGCUCAGGCCAAGGAGCCACUUCCCUUCACUCAUGUUCGAGGUAGCUCCUUGGGACGUAUUCCUACUGUGAGUGACUUGGCAUCGAGCUCAAGCUCACUCCAGUCCAAGGGAUCGAGAUCUGCCGCAUCGACAUCUUCGCGAGAUGGGCUGGCAGUUUCCAAGGCCAACUUUCUCCUCGCAUCCACCGCAACAGAGGCGGAAGUUGCGACUUUUGUGUCCACCAUCUGGAAGACUCUGAUCAACAUCUCCAAGUUCUACCUGCCUGAAGAAAGCAAGAAGCUUGAAGAGAGUAGUGUCAAGAGCAAGCGGCAAUCCGGGAACUUCUCGGCAUUCCCUCAGGCUUCGAUGAGCCCUCCGAUGUCUCCGCCAUCCUCCAGUGGUCGCAAGGCCGUGAAUAGAGCAUCAGGCUCUAUCAGAACUUCAGCCCGACCUUCUUCCAUCGCAGAAACAAUCAUGGGUCGCCGAUUCAAGUCACGACGAGGCGACAGAAAAAGCGUCGGCGAUGCCACAUCCAUCUUAACCGUCGAUAUGGACUACGAGAGCGAUCUAGACCUCGAGGAAAGACGUUUGAUGCCCAUGUUCUUGAAGAAGAACCAGGUCCGGAAGGGAAACAGCCGCAAGGCCCUUAAGUUUCUCGGCCUAGCUUGA